GGUGGCCGUUGAUGGUUGUAGCACCAACCGCAGGCCAGACAUGGAAGGUGAAACCCCACCAACUAUAAGAAAACUAAUGGUGGUCGCUGACCCGACGCCGCAGUCAGCCGCCGCCCUCCAGUACGCAAUUUCCCAUGCAGUGCUGGAACAAGACGAGCUCAUCCUCGUCCACGUUGAGAACCCUAAUUCAUGGAAGAACACGUUCUCUACCUUCCUCAGGAGGCCAAGUCUUUCGUCUAGCUCCACUAGCUAUCUUUCUGAAGGAGGAAUAGGUGGAGGAGGAGGAGGAGCAGGUGGUGGUGGUUCGGGAGGCGACGUUGAUUUCUUGGAACAGAUGAAGCGCGCAUGUGAGAUUGCUCUACCGAAGGUUCGGGUGCGAUCAGAAAGAAUAGAAAUGGAUGGGAGGGACAAGGCAAAUGUGAUUAUUUCCAGAAGCAAAAUGCUUGGAAUUGAUAUUAUCAUCAUAGGGCAGAAGCGGAGUCUCUCCUCGGCAAUUCUCGGGCACAAGCGGGCCAGCGGGUCAAUGAAAGGGGCAAAAGCUAUUGACACAGCGGAGUUUUUGAUUGAGAACAGCCCGUGCACUUGCGUCGGCGUCCAAAAGAAGGGCCAAAACGGAGGCUAUCUUCUCAACACUAAAUCCCACAGAAACUUCUGGCUCCUAGCUUGAUUAACCCAUUUUCAUCCAAUUACCAAAUUCAAAGUCUGCUAAAGAUAUCUAAAAAUUUGCUGCCAGAGAUUUAGUACACUU